GGAAGUACCCGAGGAGCAGAAGACGCGUGUAAGAUGGUGUCGACCCGGAGAGGAGCGCGUGUCCUGCCUCCCAGUCCAACAAACCCGGACCAGAACCCCGAUGUCCAGGCCACCCCAUCUACUGGUCGAAGAACAAGGAGCACUGCUAAACGAGCAGAGAGCCCUACCCAGCAUGCCCUGCAGGAGACCAGCAGCCAACUUGAGAAAGAUAUGGGAGGAAACCCUCUAAACUCCUCAAGAAAAAGGUGCAGCAGAGCAUCCAGACUCCACAGUCCAGAGCAGCCCUCGACCCCUGUGGGGUCGGUCCAUGAGGCUGACGUAUCCGACGUAGAAUCCUGCUGCUCUGCAGUGUCUGAUGUCGGACCUUCAGUAACAAGCCCCAGAGGGAGAAGGAGGCAGCUCCGUGGCAUCAGUCAAGAAGACGAGGAGGUGUCUGAGGUGGAGUCCUGUUCAUCUGCAGUAUCUGCCUCGAGAGGUGGCCAAAGGGUUCAGCCAAACAGUAGGAGGAAGAAAACCAGCCAUGGUUCUGAUCCAGCUCCUGCUGAAGUGGGAGAAGCCAAGGCAGACCAACCGGUCGACACAGAGUUUUGCAGCUCUGUGGUGUCUGAAUCCCAACCGGUCACCAGAAGGAAAAGCACUCGCACCAGGUCAGACGCGAGACGCCAGGUGGAAGACUCCGAGGUUUCGGAUGCAGAUUGCAGUGGUGCAGGAGUGACAGUCUCUGUCUCCACCACCCGCAGAACCACACGAUCCAGGCGGCAAAUACAGCCGAUCCCGAUCCAUCUGGAGGAGGAUGUGACCUCAGAAGGAUCUCACUCUUCUGCUCCAACAAGCCGAAGGACCACAGCAGUGAGAGGGAAGGCAGCAGCCAAUGUUGAUGUGAACGAGCCUCCGUCAUGUGACUCUGAAGGCUUUGAGUCAGGACCAACUUACAGCAGAAUGAGAUCAGGCAGGAGUCGGUCCACAGGCUCUAAAGCAGGCGUGGACUCUGACUUGGAAUCGGCAGUGGGCAGCCCUUGCUCUGCUCGAGGCGGAGGGACUCCAUGCAGUAGCCGCACUGGUUCUGGAAACAGCAGUCACAUUGCUCCAGUGUCUGAGUUGUCAAACAAGGUUCUAAGUGUUGUUUUAGUGCGAGCUACGGAACCAGGUGAGGAGGAUGGUUCACUAAACGACUCAAGGUUAGAAAACACAGUGAUCGCUGAGGAUGCAGAGAGCACACUGCUGGAAGAUGAGAGCCAAGCAGCAGAAGAAAAAGAUGAGGAAAGUGUGAUGUGUAUCAACCUCACAUCAGCAACAGACAGUGGAGUGACACAGGAACAUGAGAAGAGUGUUCUACAGAAGGAUACAACUACAGAAAAGGCAGAAAGGGAAAUGAGUGUUGUCACAGAGGAACAUCCCCACAUCUCCAUGCCCAUAUCAGACCACUUAGAAGAUACAGUCAGUGAGCCUGCAGUGAUGGUCGGAGACCAGCAGGAGGAGCCAUCAGCUGGAAACAAGGUUGGAGACACCUCAGAGAUGGAAAUGAUGCAGGAAACAGUCCAGUCAUCAGAGCCGUUAAAGCCUCUCCAGUCAGUUACAGUAACAACAUGUGAUGAAGCUUCUGAAGUCACUAAAGAGGAGGACGAAGUCAUGGAAGUAGGCAAUGUGGACGCCCACACAUCACACAGAGAAGCGCCUCCUGGUGAGGAUAACUGUGUGGAAAUGUCCAGAGAGGAGGAAAAAAUGGAAGCCAGUAUAUUGGAUAGAGAAGCGCAGCAGGUGGUUGACCCCAGUGAUUGGUCUUUGCCUGUCCUGGAGCCCCUGCAGACCCAGGACUCCAUUCAGGUGACAUCUAACCAGGUCCACAAAAUCACAGUACAGCCAGUUUCUGAACAGCAGCCCCAGGAUGUCAUUGUCCAGAAUACAAAAGUCAUCAGCCUUUUGGAGAGUGAUGAGGAUGAGGAUGAGGAUGAAGAUGACGAUGACGAUGCAGAGGAGCAGGAGAGGGAUGUUUGCGGAGGAGAGGAGGAGGAGGAGGAGGAUGAAGGAGCAGGGCCUUCUAAGGAGCCUGAAGUUGCAGAUGAAUCAGUUGCAGGACUUUUUAUGAUUGACACUCGGCCUGGCCAAGAGGCUGAUGAGCAUUACUAUAAGGAGAGGGUAGGCGAAAAGGAAGAGGAAGAGGAGGAUGAGGAGUUUGUGGAUGAAGAGGGGGAUGAUGAGGAUGAUGAAGAUGCAGAAAUCCUCUUCUGGAGCAGAAAUCCACAGUCGAAAGAGUUGUCCAGCCGUAUUGACCCUGGCAUCAGAGUGAAGGAGCUCGGGGGUUUAUACAUCAAUUUUGAUGGCAGCAAAUCAAAACCUGUCUCCAGUUCACUGCAAAAACUAAAGGAAAAGAAGAUCCAAGAUGAGGUGAUGAAGAAGAGUGUGAUUGGUCCAGACUUUGAAAAGAAAGAUGCUGUUCCACCGUACAGUGAAUCCAAACAAGCCUUAAAACUGAAGCGAAGGGUUGAGAGGAAGAAAACAACAGGAGAUGCUUGGUUCAAUAUGAAGGCCCCUGAACUGACCCAGGAGCUGAAGGCAGACCUUCAGGUCCUGAAGAUGAGAGGCUCGAUGGAUCCAAAGAGGUUCUACAAGAAGAACGACAGAGAUGGAUUCCCCAAAUACUUCCAGGUGGGUACAGUUGUCGACAAUCCAGUCGACUUCUAUCAUUCCCGGAUUCCCAAGAAGGAGAGGAAGAGGACCAUGGUGGAGGAGUUGUUGGCUGAUGCAGAGUUCAGACAUAACAACAAAAAGAAGUUUCAGAACAUCAUCGCAGAGAAAGCAGCACAGGGAGCCAGCAAGAGGAAGAAGCACAAACUCAAUAAAAAGAAGGGGAUGUGAGGACUCUGGAUUUUCAUACAGACUCAAACUACAAAUUUAACUGUUCCCCUGGAGGCUGGAACAUCGAGCAGAUCGUAUUUUUGGAGCUUGUGCAGAAACAUGAUGUGUUUCCUUAAUCCUUCUCAUUCUUGAUUGAGUGUGAAAUAAUUCAACAAAUGAACACACUUACCAGUGCAGAUGACUCAGAAACAGUGAUUGUGGUUGAAUUACAAGUUAACCCAUUUUUAAUAAAAAUGAAGCUGUAUUUUAUACAUUACAUCAUUGUCAUUGUGAGAAAAAAAAGCCCACACACAUCCAGUAUAUAAAUAUUCAGUAUUUUCUUUUGACUAGAACCAAUGUUGGCUAAAACUAGUCUGAACAUGACAACCUUUGUAAUGAUCACCGUCUUUAUCAUAUAAUAUCAAAACUACACCUUUUAAAUACUGUACAUAUAGCUUAGAAAAAAUUAAACAUGUCUGCAGUUUUGAUUAUAAAAUAUAUAAUUGAAAUGAGGCUAAAAUGCUGGAUGGAUAAGUGAUGUUUACAUAUAUGAGAAAUAUACAGAGUUUUUCUUUCAUUCCUAAACCUAAAUGGCUAUUCACAUACAUGAAAUAUGUAGUGUAUGUGAAUACAUACAGCUGUGCAUAUUUGGAUUAAAAGGGUGUUUUGUGGC